CUCCCGAGACGUGCUUACUAAAUUUACCCACUAACCAAGGAUGAAGGAGGAAGGAAUGUUUCAAGGAUGGACCCCAAACAUCCGCCGGCACUCGCCAAUGCCUUUGGACUUGGGCCACCUCACGCACAUCUUCACCUGCAGCGAUCCGAAGGCCAUCGAAGUGCCUCCCUACAAUGCAUUACCCAAAACAAAAACUAUUUCCCACGAUAAAGAGGAUAAAGAGGAGGAUGUGAUCACCCGCAUCCUGGGCGACUUUGGAUCAUGGCAGCUGCGCUCGCUGCUCAUCCUGUUCCUCUGCAAGAUCCCCGCCGCCUGGUUCAUGGCCUGCAUCCUGUUCACAGCUCCCGAUCUUUAUCCCGAGGAGGAGUACACCUGCGACACGAGUGCCUUCGGUCCGGCGGACAACUCCACUGUAUCGCUGGACCAGUGCUAUGUGAUGGUCUACUAUGGCGACUCUGGUUAUGCCAUGCGCCAGUGCAGGAAGUUCCUCUACACCACGGGCUUCCACUCCCUGACCAUGGAGUUCGAUCUGGUCUGCCUGUGCGACUUCUUUGUGGCCUGGUCGCAGUACUGGCACCUCUUCGGAUUGCUCAUCGGCGGAGUGGCGGCCUCGAAGUUGAUGCGUGUUUUGAGUCCGAGGCAGAUUUAUGGAACAGGCAUCUGGUGCCUCUUGAUGUGCAGCCUGCUGAUGGGUUUGGUCAAGGAUUUUAGUCUACACUGCGGACUCCGUUGUUUGGCAGCUGUUUCCUGCUGCUUCAUGAUCACCUCGGGACACUCUAUUUUUAGUGACAUAACAGCAGGUAAAUAUCGCUUGGGAGCUCUCUUACUGUACGAUUGCUUCUGGGCUCUUGGUCUGAUCCUUCUCCCUGGACUGGCUCACGGUGCACCCAGUUGGCAGCACAUAUACAUAGGUGUAACCCUCUCCCUCUUGGUGGUUGUCUUCCUGCUGCCCUGGACUCCUGACUCACCUCGCUGGCAACUGCAGCAUACGAAGGAUACCCAACUUGCAGUCGAGCGAACAGUGGGAAUCCUACUGGAAGCAGCCCGCACCAAUGGAUCCCUCGAUAAGGUGUCCAAGGAGUUGCCCCAACAGUUGGGUGAGCUGAGGGAGAGGCUGCUAGAACAAAAACCAACAGUGAGUUGGAUGCACCUGUGGAUGGGUCAGCGGAGGAGCAGCUUCCACUUGGUGGCCGUGCACAUGGCACUGGCCACUUUUAUGGUGGUGAACACUGGGUUGCUGCUCCACGUGCGAUCCUUCGGCAGAGAGCACCUGGUGUCCAACACCCUGGCUAUGGGACUGGCAGAGAUGUCGGGAUGUUUCCUGGCCCUGCACCUCACCUUCAACCAGAGCGAACGCAAGUGGCAGUGGGCAGGAGGAUUUGCCAUGGUGGUUGGGUGCAUCGGUAGCAUCUGCUUGCUCCUCGCCCAGCAGGAUGUUCCGGAGGUUUAUGGCCUCACGCUGGGUCUUCUGAUGGCUUCGUUGCCCCAGGCAGCCGUCGCCUGUGCCCAGUCCAUGAUCCUGGCCUGCAUGGGUGAGCUGGUGCCACCGGAGCAGCGCCACUGCCUCUCCUUCUCGGCCGCCACCUUUGCGAGGGUGUGGCAGCUCUCCGCCUCCUUUCUCACGCUCCUCCGGCAGGUUAACCCCGCCUUCUCGCUGUCCGCCUUCUGUCUGCUGGUCAUCCUGGGCGGGAUCUGCACAAGUUGCCUCUCCACUCCGAACAAGGAGCAGGAACAGGAACAGAAACAGGAGCUGGAAGGAGCCGCCGGGCACAGGAAGCCACAGCUAAUAGCGUAUACGUAAUUACGUAUACGCAGGGACUUAGUUGCUAAGCUAGUUUUAGUGUCCGUCAAGUAUUCGCCAUCAGUAUUCGAAUUUAGCUUGUUAGGCAUUCGCUCCUCGCGAAUCGAGAACUUAUAUUGGGUUGCAUACUUUUGGGAAUUAUUCAAAAGCAACGCAUCUACUGAAAUUUGUAAAAAUACAACCAUUAAUACACUUUACUUUACAAAUUAUGCCUAAUGUUAUUUCUUG